AUGCAGCCCAUCAGUCUUUUACUCUUCGUUUCGAUCACUACCUACAUCCGAGUUUCAUGGGCAGCACCUAGGGAACAUUGCCCACCUUUAGGUCCCGUCCUCCCUCCUCCGACGCAUGCAAGCAGCAGUCCGGCAGUUGCCUCUUCGGUGGCUACACUCCAGCGGUUUUUGGACGUUUACACUGCUCAAUUCAACCAUUCUGCCGUGGCAAUUGGUCUGAAGUCUAUCCAUGAAAAAGACUACAUCCUCGAGUAUGCGUACAGUCCGCCCAACCGUGAUGCUCGUGGUGUCCAGGAGGUCAACUCCGAUACCGUUUUCCGCAUCGCGAGCGUUUCUAAGAUAUUUCCCGUUUUGGGCCUUUUGCGCCUCCAUGGUGUCAGUCUCGAUGACCCAGUCACCAAAUAUGUUCCUGAGCUGCUGGCUUUGAACGGGCAAGCCAGAGAGCAAAGCCCCAUUUGGACUAUUCCCUGGGACGAAAUUACUCUUGGGGCUCUGGCAUCGCAUUUGUCAGGUAUUGGUGCAGACAUAAUCUUCGAUUAUACUCCAUAUGGGAACUUUACACCAUACGGAUUUCCCCCUGUAAACAAAUCAAAGCUUCUGGGCUGUUCAGGUGGCUUGGGUCUCCCCGAAUGCGACAGGACAGUGUUUUUUGAACGAUUUGGCGAACGGGCUCCGGUCCAGCUCCCAUUUUCCCCAAACGCUGUUUACUCGAACGCGGGAUUCGCCAUUCUCGGUUUUGCUUUCGAGUCUGCCACAAACAGGUCUUUCAGGGACUUUGUGCAGCAUGAAGUCUGGGCACCACUCAACAUGACAUCUACUUUUGCCACCAAGCCAGACGAUUCUGUUGGCUUCAUUCCCACCGAUGACAUUUGGUGGAAUGCCAGUCUUGGAUAUGCAGAGCCCGGUGGCGGGUAUUAUUCUUCAAUCAAUGACCUCACACGUUUUGGAGAGGCCAUACUGCGAAACGAUGUAGGACUGUCAGCAACUCAGACACGAAAAUGGCUCAAGCCGCUGUCGCAAACAUCCUCCUUGGGUACUCUGAUUGGUGCGCCAUGGGAGAUUUACCGAAUCAGCAACGUCACGACAGAUGGCCGUCUCAUUGAGCUCUAUACCAAAGAUGGUGGUCUCAUUACUUACAAUUCAGUCUUUGCUCUGAUUCCGGAUUAUGAUCUUGUCGCCACAAUUUUGGUCGCCGCUCCACUCGUGGAGAAUGAAGCAACCGCCAUCGAUACCAGGAUCAUAUUCUCGAAACUGUUAGAGUCUCUCUUGCCCGGUAUCGAGGAAGCCGGCAAGGAUGAGGCUGCGCUCACACAUGGCGGAACCUAUCGAGACGAGCUGACAAAUUCGAGCAUCACUCUGACACUGGAUGAUGGUCCAGGGUUCAAUAUAAGCUCGUGGAUUGUUAGGGGUGUGGAUGUCAUUGGCUCGUGGUCCGGACUCAGCUUCGUCCCGAACCCAGUUCCCCCGACCGACAGCCCGCUGCGUUUUCGACUUUACCCAACCACCGUACAGACUGACAGCCACGCUUCGUGGAGGUCUGUAGCACAGCCUGCUACUCCUGAGACGAUUGCCUUGAUAGAAAGUCAACUGUUGCCGCCCCAGUCUUUGUGUGUCACAUGGGGGCAGUUGGACCGCGCAACCUAUAUGCUGCAAGCACAAGACCAUUUUGUAUUCACACUGGACAGCCAAGGAAGGGCAACGGCUGUGGAGUUGGUUGCAUACGCCGUGUCCAUGACACGCCAGGAGGAGUAG